CUCCUCUACAGUCAUGGCUGAAGGCGAGGAAGGAGAGGAUGAAAUCCAGUUUUUAAGAACUGACGAUGAAGUGGUGCUGCAGUGUGUCGCCAGCAUCCAGAAGGAGAAUCGUAAGUUCUGCCUGGCAGCUAAGGGACUCGGUAAUCGGCUAUGCUUCCUAGAACCCACCUCAGAGGCAAAAUAUGUACCCCCAGACCUGUGCAUCUGUAACUUUGUGCUAGAGCGGUCCCUCUCUGUGCGGGCCCUGCAGGAGAUGCUGGCCAGCACAGGAUACAGCAGUGAAGGGGGGGCACAAGGGAGAGGACACCGGACACUGCUGUAUGGUCACGCCAUCCUCCUCCGGCAUUCUUUCAGUGGAAUGUACCUGACCUGUUUGAAGACAUCACGGUCUCACAUGGACAAGUUGUCCUUUGAUGUUGGACUCAGAUUGCACCUUUCAUCUGACUCCUCCCCCCUUGUAGGUGAGGCUUGUUGGUGGACCAUUCACCCUGCCUCCAAGCAGAGGUCAGAGGGCGAGAAAGUGCGAAUUGGAGAUGACCUCAUCCUGGUGAGCGUGUUCUCAGAGAGGUACCUGCACCUGUCCAUCUCCAAUGGACAUAUCCAAGUCGAUGCCUCGUUUGUGCAGACGCUGUGGAAUGUCCAUCCCACCUGCUCUGGCAGUAACGUGGCUGUGGGAUACCUGCUUGGUGGUCAUGUGAUGCGACUCUUUCACGGUCACGAUGAGAUCCUCACCAUCCCAGGCGCAGACCAGAGUGAGGAGCAGCAAAGAAUGGUGAACUAUGAGACUGGUAAAGGGGGAGCGAGAGCCAGGUCUCUCUGGAGGCUGGAGCCGCUCAGGAUCAGUUGGAGCGGGAGCCACAUUCGCUGGGGGCAGCCCUUCCGCCUUCACCACCUCACCACAGGGCACUACCUGGGACUGAUGGAGGACCAGGGGCUUGUCCUGCAGGACCAAGAGAAAUCUGACACUGCCUCUACCGCAUUCUGCUUCAGAGCCUCAAAGGAAAAGCUGGAGUCCACUCCAAAGCGUGAUGUUGAUGGCAUGGGUGUGGCUGAGAUUAAGUAUGGGGAUUCCAUCUGCUUCAUCAUGCAUGUGGCCACGGGGCUGUGGUUGUCCUAUCAGGCACCUGAUGUAAAAUCGUCCCGUCUAGGCCCUCUAAAGAGACGGGCCUGUCUGCACACAGAAGGACACAUGGACGAUGGGCUGACUCUGCAACGCUGUCAGUAUGAGGAGUCUCGGACAGCGCGGAUCAUCCGCAACACCAUCAGACUCUUCAGCAACUUCAUCAGCCUAGGUGAGGUGGGCUCUGCUCCAGUGGAGCUGCCAUUUGGGGAGGUCCUGCAGACUCUGAAUGACCUCAUCACUUACUUUGAGCUGCCGGGGGCGGAACUUAAACACGAGGAGAAACAGAGCAUGCUCCGCUCACUCACCAAACGGCAGGACCUCUUCAAAGAGGAAGGGAUGCUGACUUUGCUGUCCAAGUGUAUUGACCGUCUGAACGUGUACAACAGUGCCGCGCACUUCCGGGAACACGCGGGUGAGGAGGGAGUGUCUGCUUGCAAGAGCAUCCUCAAUCUGCUGUACGAGCUGCUGGCUGCCCUGAUCCGCGGUAACAGGAACAACUGCACCCAGUUCUCCCACAACCUGGACUGGCUGAUCAGCAAGCUGGAGAGGCUGGAAUCAUCUUCAGGGAUUCUUGAGGUACUCCACUGCAUCCUGAUUGAGAGCCCUGAGGCACUGAACAUCAUUCAGAAAGGCCACAUUAAGUCCAUCAUCUCCCUGCUUUACAAGCAUGGACGCAAUCACAAGAUUCUGGAUGUGUUAUGCUCCCUCUGUAUUUGCAAUGGAGUCGCCGUAAGAGCCAAUCAGAACCUCAUCUGCGAGCACCUGCUCCCUAAGAGGGACCUACUCCUUCAGACACGUUUGGUUAAUGAUGUCCAAAGCAUAAGGCCCAAUCUUUUCCUCGGUGUGUGUGAGGACUCAGCACAGUAUAAGAGGUGGUACUUUGAGCUGAUGAUCGAUCAGAUGGAUCACUUUGUGACAAGCGAGCCCACCCACCUACGUGUGGGCUGGGCCACCACCAAAGGGUAUGCCCCCUACCACGGCGGGGGUGAGGGGUGGGGGGCCAAUGGCAUCGGGGAUGACCUCUACUCAUACAGCUUUGACGGGCUACACCUUUGGUCAGGGCGGGUCCCCCGGGCAGUGGCCUCCAUCAAUCAGCAUCUGCUGACCUCAGAUGAUGUGGUGAGCUGCUGCCUGGACCUGGGCGCCCCCAGCAUCUCCUUCCGCAUCAAUGGACAGCCAGUGCAGGGCAUGUUUGAGAACUUCAAUACUGAUGGACUCUUCUUCCCUGUCGUCAGCUUCUCUGCUGGGGUCAAAGUUCGUUUCCUACUGGGUGGUCGCCAUGGGGACUUCAGGUUCCUUCCGCCAGCGGGGUAUGUGCCGUGCUACGAGGCCCUCUUGCCAAAGGAGCGCAUGAGGCUAGAGCCCGUGAAUGACUACAAGCGCGACCUGGAUGGGGUGCGAGAUCUGCUGGGCACCACAGAGCUGCUGUCCCAGUCCUCCUUCACCCCCAAACCUGUGGACACCAGCCAGAUUGUCAUGUCUCCACACCUGGAGGAUGUCCGGGGCAAACUAGCAGAGAACAUUCACGAGCUCUGGGGCAUGAAUAAAAUUGAACUGGGCUGGACUUACGGAAAGAUACGGGAUGACAACAAGAGACAGCACCCCUGCCUGGUGGAAUUCUCCAAGCUGCCUGAAACUGAGAAGAAUUAUAACAUUCAGAUGUCCACAGAAACUUUGAAGACCUUGCUGGCACUGGGUUGCCAUGUUUUACAAGUCAAUGCUAAUGCAGAUGGGGAUCUGAAAAAAAUGAAACUUUCCAAGAAUUACGUGAUGUCAAAUGGUUAUAAGCCCACACCACUGGAGCUCUCUGAAGUCAAGCUGACUGCAGCACAGGAAGUCCUGGUGGAUAAACUGGCAGAGAAUGCCCACAAUGUUUGGGCCAAAGACAGAAUCAAGCAAGGAUGGACCUAUGGCAUUCUCCAGGAUCUGAAGAGCAGGCGCAAUCCUCGUUUGGUUCCCUACACUUUACUGGAUGAGCGUACAAAGAGGUCGAACAGAGACAGCCUUCGCGAGGCAAUCCGAACCUUGGUUGGAUACGGAUACAACAUUGAUCCUCCAGAUCAAGAGAGCAGCCAAGUCGUGGAGAGGCAGAGCAUUUAUAACAUCCGCUUCUUCCGCGUGGAGCAGACAUAUGCAGUGAAAACAGGGAAGUGGUACUUUGAGUUUGAAGCCCUGACAGGUGGGGAUAUGCGUGUGGGUUGGGCACGACCAGGCUGCAGGCCUGACAUCGAGCUGGGAAUGGAUGACCAGGCCUAUGUGUUUGAUGGCUACAGGGGGCGCCGCUUGCACAUGGGGAGCAAUUUCUUCGGCCACAUCUGGCAAAAGGGUGACGUGGUGGGGUGCAUGAUCAACAUGGAGGACAAGUCUAUGAUCUUCACCCUGAAUGGAGAGAUCCUCAUCACCAACAAAGGCUCUGAGCUCUGCUUUACUGACUUCCAGACUAAGGAUGGCUUCAUUCCUGUGUGCAGUCUGGGCCUGUCACAGGUCGGCCGCAUGAACCUGGGGAAGGAUGCCAGCACCUUCAAGUACUACACCAUGUGUGGGCUUCAGGAGGGCUUCGAGCCCUUCGCUGUCAACAUGAACCGGGAAGUUACCAUGUGGUUCAGCAAGCAGCUUCCAACCUUUGUGAACGUUCCAAAAGACCACAACCACAUUGAGGUGACAAGAAUCGAUGGGAGUGUGGACAAUCCACCGUCUCUGAAGGUCACCCACAAAACCUUCGGGACGCAGAACAGCAAUGCUGACAUGGUGUUCUGUCGGCUCAGCAUGCCAGUGGAGUUCCAGUCCGUCCUGACUAACACCGCCCAUGUGAGCGCAUUCUACGGGGAGCAGAAACCCAAACACAGGUCUGAGUGCUCGACACACACACCUCACUACUAUUCUGUGCGACUGUUUGCGGGCCAAGACCCAUCCUCUGUCUGGGUGGGAUGGGUCACCCCUGACUACCACUACUACAGCAAGAACUUCAAUCUCAGCAAGACCUGCACUGUCACUGUUACCCUGGGAGAUGAGCAUGGGCUCGUCCACGAGAGUGUGAAGAGGAGUAAUUGCUACAUGGUAUGGGGUGGAGACAUCACUAGCUCCUCCCUCCUCUCCACCCACAGUGAUACAGAAUUAGAAAUUGGUUGCCUGAUCAACCUGGCCACUGGCCUUGUGUCCUUCACUGCUAAUGGCAAGGAGCUGGAGACCAUCUACCAGGUGGAGCCCAACACAAAGCUCUUCCCUGCAGUGUUCGUUCGGCCCACCAGUCCCAGACUGUUCCAGUUUGAGUUUGCUAAAAUAAAGGACGCCAUGCCCCUGUCUUCGGCCAUCUUUAAGAGUGAGCACCAGAACCCAGUACCACAGUGCCCGCCACGGCUGGGUGUGCAGACACUGGUGUCGGUGGUGUGGAGCCGCAUGCCCAACACCUUCCUUAAGGUGGAGACGGCACGCGUCAGCGAGAGGCACGGCUGGGUGGUGCAGUGCCUGGAGCCACUGCAGAUAAUGGCAGUGCACAUUCCCGAGGAGAGCAGGUGUGUGGAUGUGCUGGAGUUGUCCGAGCAGGAGGACCUGAGAAAGUUCCACUACCACAUGCUCAAGCUGUACUGUGCCCUGUGCGCCAUGGGAAACAUGCAUGUGGCCCAUGCCUUGUGCAGCCACCUGGACCAAUCCCAGCUGCUGUACACCAUCGACAACCAGUACCUGUCAGGCAUGCUCCGUGAGGGCUUCUAUGAUGUGCUCAUGGCCAUCCACCUGGAGACAGCCAAGAACGCCUGCCUCAUGAUGAACAAUGAGUUCAUUGUCCCAGUGACGGGCGAGACAGGCAGCAUCCACCUCUUCCCUGACGAGUCCAAGACCCACUCCCUUCCAGGGGUGGGGCUCAGCACCUCACUCAGGCCCUGCCUCCACUUCUCUCCACCCUGCUUCGUGACCACCAAGCAGGAGGCUCACCUCUACAGCCCUGAGAUCCCACUGGACGUGCUGAAGGAGAAGGCCAUCAGCAUGUUGACAGAGGCAGUGCAGGGUGGUGGCUACCACAUCCGCGACCCGGUGGGCGGGAGCGCCGAGUACCAGUUUGUGCCCAUCCUGAAGCUGAUUGGCACACUGCUCAUCAUGGGCACACUCAACAGUGAGGACGUGCGACAGGUGCUGCUGCUCAUCGAGCCCCACGUCUUUGGUGAGCACAAAGAGGAGGGUGAGCUGGCCGAGAAUGAGGAGGUGACCAGCAAUGAAGAAAAGGCAAUGGAGGCAGGGGAGGAGGAUGUGAAGGAGGCCAGGCAGCAUGUGAAGGGCCUGUUGGAGAAGAGACUACCUGAGUCCGUCAAACGCCAAAUAUGUGAGCUGCUGCACUAUUUCUGCGACUGUGAGCUGAGGCACCACGUGGAGGCCAUUGUAUCCUUCUCUGACAGCUUUGUGUCGAAGCUGCAGUUCAACCAGAAGUUCCGAUACAAUGAGCUGAUGCAGGCACUCAACAUGUCUGCUGCCGUCACUGCCAGGAAGACUAAGGAGUUCCGCUCCCCUCCACAGGAACAGAUCAACAUGCUGCUGAAUUUUGACAUGGGAGAAGACUGCCCUUGCCCAGAAGACAUACGAGAGGAUCUGUACAACUUCCACGAUGAGCUACGCCUUCACUGUGGAAUCCCAGUGGAACAGGAGGAGGAGGAGCAGGACAACUCUUUGAAAGGCCGGCUGAUGGCCCUGGUAUACAAGAUCAAAGGUCAUCCACAGAAAACAGAGGAGAAGCCGACAGAGAAAGAGCAGGCUGCUCCCAAAACCUUGAAGGAGCUGAUCUCACAGACGAUGGUGAGCUGGGCACAGGAGCGGCAGGUGCAGGACCCGGAGCUGGUGCGGGUGAUGUUUAGCCUACUGCGGAGGCAGUACGACAGUGUGGGUGAGCUGCUGCGAGCCAUGAAGAAGACCUACACCAUCAGUGCCACCUUCAUGCAGGACACCAUCCACCUGCUGGCCUCCCUCGGCCAGAUCCGCUCCCUGCUCAGUGUGCGCAUGGGCAAGAAGGAGGAGCAGCUCAUGAUCGAUGGCCUGGGUGACAUCAUGAACAAUAAGGUGUUUUAUCAGCACCCCAACCUGAUGCGGGUUCUGGGCAUGCACGAGACAGUGAUGGAGGUGAUGGUGAAUGUACUCAAAGGAGACAAGUCUCAGAUCUCUUUUCCCAAAAUGGUGGCAAGCUGCUGCCGGUUCUUGUGCUACUUUUGCUGCAUUAGUCGGCAGAACCAGAAGGCGAUGUUUGACCAUCUGAGCUACCUCCUGGAGAACAGCAGUGUGGGACUAGCUUCUCCAGCUAUGAGGGGCUCUACACCUCUGGAUGUGGCUGCUUCAUCUGUCAUGGACAACAAUGGACUUGCCCUGGAACUGGAAGAACCUGACUUGGAAAAGGUGGUAACCUACCUGGCUGGCUGUGGGCUCCAGAGCUGCCCCAUGCUCGUGGCCAAAGGAUACCCCGACAUUGGCUGGAACCCCAUUGAAGGGGAGCGCUACCUGUCCUUCCUGCGUUUCGCUGUAUUUGUCAAUGGAGAGAGUGUGGAGGAGAACUCGAGUGUGGUGGUGAAGCUUUUGAUCCGACAUCCUGAAUGCUUUGGGCCAGCACUGCGGGGUGAGGGAGGGAAUGGUCUACUGGCCGCCAUGAACGAGGCUAUCCGGAUCUCACAGGACCCCGCCCUCGACUUGCCCAGCGCCACCCAGCAGCUCAGCUCCAGCGGCUCUUCUGAGGAUGAGAAAGAGGAGGAACUGGUGCACACCGGCAAUGCCAUCAUGUCUUUUUACUCUGCCCUCAUCGACCUGCUUGGACGCUGUGCCCCCGAGUUGCAUCUCAUAAACAAAGGCAAAGGGGAGGCCCUUCGAAUUCGUGCCAUCCUGCGUUCACUGGUGCCCAUCAAGGACCUUGUAGGCAUCAUCAGCUUACCACUCACAAUGCCAGUAGUUAAUCGAGAUGGCACAGUGAUAGAGCCUGACAUGUCAGCCAUUUUCUGCCCAGACCACAAGGCCCCCAUGGUACUGUUUCUGGACCGUGUAUAUGGUGUGGAGGACCAGGGCUUCCUGCUCCAUCUGCUGGAGGUGGGGUUCCUGCCAGACCUGCAGGCCUCUGCCUCUCUGGACACGGAGACACUGAGCACCACAGAGACAGCCCUGGCCAUGAACAGAUACAUUGGCUCAGCCGUGCUGCCACUGCUGACUCGCUGCGCCGGCCAGUUUGCCAGGACUGAGCACUACGCUGCACUCAUUGACUCUAUCCUGCAUACCAUCUACCGGCUGUCCAAGGGUUGCUCACUCACCAAGGCCCAGCGCGAUGCCAUCGAGGAGUGCCUGCUGGCCAUCUGCAAGCACCUGCGACCCUCUAUGCUGCAGCAGCUCCUUUGGCGUCUGGUCUUUGAUGUGCCCCAGCUAACAGAGCACUGCAAGAUGCCCCUGAAGCUUUUGACCAGUCACUAUGAGCAAGACUGGAAGUACUACUGCAUUCCCUCAGGGUUGGGAAGCUACGGAGUGGCGUCAGAGGAGGAGCUGCACCUCACCAAAAAGCUCUUUUGGGGUAUCUUCAACUCGCUCUCUCAGAAGAAGUAUGACCCUGACCUUUUCAAGGUAACCAUUCCCUGCUUGAGUGCCCUGGCAGGUGCUCUUCCCCCAGACUACAUUGAUACUUCCAUCAGCACUGUCCAGCAGAAGCUUGACUCUCUGGACUCCAAGGGAAACUUUGACCCCAAGCCCAUCAGCACUGCCAAAAUUUCCCUUCCAGAAAAACUUGAUUUAAUUGCCAGAAAAUAUGCAGAGCAUUCCCAUGGCAAGUGGUCUUCAGAGAAGGCAGCCUUGGGCUGGAGGCUUGGGGAAAUCUUGGGUGAGAAAGAUAGAAGUCACCCUCUGCUGAAGCCCUACAGUUGCCUGACUGAGAAGGAGAGAGAGACCUACCGCUGGCCAGUGAAGGAGUCCCUGAAGAGCAUGCUGGCUAUGGGCUGGAACAUUGAGAGGACCAAAGAGGGCGAAGCCAUGGUCCAGCAACAAGAGAAUGAAAAACAGCACAAGACAUCCCAAGGCUCACAGACAAAUGGAUGCAGCCCAGAUCCAUUUGAUAUGAGCUGUGUGCUUUUGUCCAAAGAGUUACAGGGGAUGGUUGAAGUUGUAGCUGAAAACUACCACAACAUUUGGGCAAAGAAGAAGAUGAUGGAAUUGAGCAACAAAGGAGGUGGGACCCAUCCUUUGCUUGUUCCUUACGACACCCUGACUGCCAAGGAGAAGCUCCGCGACCGUGAAAAAGCCCAGGACAUUUUCCAUUUCCUGCUGAUAAAUGGUUACACUGUCACCAGAGGCUUGAAGGAUAUGGAGCAGAGUUCAUUUUCCAUGGAGAAGAGGUUUGCCUACAAAUUCCUGAAGAAGCUGCUGGAAUAUGUGGACUCUGCGCAGGAGUUUAUAGCUCACCUGGAGGCCAUGGCCACCAGUGGAAAGAUAGACAAGUCUCCUCACGAUCAAGAGAUCAAGUUCUUUGCCAAGGUCCUCCUGCCCCUGAUUGACCAGUACUUUAAGAACCACUCCCUCUACUUCCUGUCCUCUCCCAGCAAGAACCUGAGCAGCAGUGGCUAUGCCUCCAAUAAAGAGAAGGAGAUGGUCACCAGUCUGUUCUGUAAACUGGCAGCUCUUGUCAGGCACAGGAUUUCCCUCUUUGGGAGUGACUCCAUUACCAUGGUGAGCUGUCUCCACAUCCUGGCUCACACUCUGGACACCAGGACGGUGAUGAAGUCAGGCUCGGAGCUGGUGAAGGCAGGUCUGUGGACCCUCUUUGAGAAUGCAGCUGAGGAUCUGGAGAAAACACUGGAGAACCUGAAGCUGGGGAAAUUCACACACUCGCGCAGCCAAAUGAAGGGCGUGUCACAGAACAUCACUUACACCACGGUGGCCCUGCUACCCAUCCUCACUGCCCUGUUCCAGCACAUCACCCAGUAUCAGUUUGGGGUGGACCUGCUGUUGGAUGACAUCUAGUUGUCCUGUUAUCGUAUCCUGACCAGUCUCUACUCACUGGGAACAGGCAAGACCAUAUACAUUGAGAGACUGCUCCCUGCUCUGGGCGAGUGUUUGGCCACACUGGUAGGAGCCAUGCCUGUGGCCUUUCUGGAACCGCACCUGAAUAUACACAACCCCCGGUCUGUGUUCAACACCAAGACCCCACGAGGGCCAGUGAUCCUGAGCAUGCCGGACACAGUGCAGGAGAUGUGCACUGACAUACCACGUCUGGAUGGACUGAUAAAGGAUAUCAAUGACGUGACAGAAUCGGGGGUGCGCUACUCCGAGAUGCCUCAUGUCAUCGAGGUGGUCCUGCCCAUGCUCUGCAGCUACCUGUCUUACUGGUGGACUAAGGGGCCUGAGGGCAUGGCCCAGAGUGGGACCCCCUGUUGCACCACUGUCACCUCCGAACAGCUGAGCCUCAUCCUGGGGAACAUCCUCAGAAUCCUCAACAGCAACCUGGGCAUCGACCAGGCCCCCUGGAUGAAGAGGAUCGCUGUCUAUGCACAGCCCAUCAUCAGCAAGGCACGUGUAGAUCUGCUGAAGACCCACUUCCUGCCCACGCUGGAGAAGCUGAAGAAGAAGACGGUGAAGGUGGUGGCCGAGGAGGAGCUGCUGAAGGCUGACAGCAAGGCCGACACCCACGAGGCAGAGCUGCUGGUCCUGGACGAGUGCCGGGACCUCUAUGCCUUCUACCCCAUGCUCAUCCACUACGUCGACAUCAACAGGUCACGCUGGCUGAAGGAGCCGGACUCUGACUCCAGCAAGCUUUUCAAGAUGGUGGCGGAUAGCUUCAUCCUCUGGUGUAAAUCACAUAACUUUAAAAGGGAAGAACAAAACUUUGUGGUUCAAAAUGAAAUCAACAACCUGUCCUUCCUGACCGGUGAAAGCAAGACCAAGAUGUCAAAGUCUGGAGGCCAGGAUAAUGAGAGGAGACACAAGAGGAGACGAGGUGAUUUCUACUCUGUCCAGACCUCCCUUAUCUUGGCAGCACUGAAGAAGAUGCUGCCCAUUGGGCUGAACAUGUGCACCCCAGGUGACCAGGAGCUCAUCUCCCUAGCCAAGAUCCGCUAUGGCCUGAAAGACACAGAUGAGGAAGUGAAAGACCAUUUACGUCAGAACCUGCACCUUCGAGAUAGGUCAGAUGACCUCACGGUGCAGUGGCAGCUCAACCUGUACAAGGAUGUGGUGGUGAAGAACCUGAACCCAGUGGACCCCGAGCACACAGUGGAAUGAGUGCAAAGCAUUUCCGCUGCCGUCCUCCACCUGGAGCAGGUGGAGCAGCCUCUGCGGACCAAGAAGUGUGUGUGGCAGAAGCUGCUGUCCAGGCAGCGCAAGCAUGCUGUGGUGGCCUGCUUCCGCAUGGUUCCGCUGUACAACCUGCCCAGGCAUCGAUCCAUAAACCUCUUCAUCCAGGCCUAUCAGAAGCUGUGGAUAGAGACUGAGGCUUAUUCCUUUGAGGAGGAGCUAGUACAGGACCUAGCAAAAACCCUAACUGAGAUGGAGGAGGAGGAAGAGGAAGAGGCAGAGAUACAGCCUGAUCCUCUUCAUCAGCUCAUUCUUCACUUCAGUCACAACGCACUCACAGAGAGAAGUUUCCUGGAAGAAGAUCCAUUGUAUAUUGCAUAUGCAGACAUGAUGGCAAAGAGCUGCGCAGAAGAUGAAGAGGAACAGGUGGAGGAAGGGAAAGCGAAGACCUUUGAAGAGAAGGAGAUGGAGAAGCAGAAGACUCUGUACCAGCAGGCCAGACUGCAUGACCGCGGGGCGGCCAAGAUGGUACUGCAGAUGAUCAGUGCCAGCAAAGGUCGGCUAGGGCCCAUGGUGACAUACAGCCUCAAACUGGGCAUCUCUAUCCUGAAUGGAGGCAAUGUGCUUGUCCAGCAGAAAAUGCUGGAUUACCUGAAAGAAAAGAGGGAUGCUGGUUUUUCCAAGAGUUUAUCUGGACUCAUUCAGUCGUGCAGUGUCCUGGACUUGAAUGCAUUUGAGAGGCAGAAUAAAGCGGAAGGUCUGGGGAUGGUGACGGAGGAGGGAUCAGUCAAUGUGAGCGAGCAGGGCUCAAAGGUACUGCAGAAUGAUGAGUUCAAUAAGGACCUCUUUAGAUUCCUGCAGCUUCUUUGUGAAGGCCACAACAGCGAUUUCCAAAACUUCCUGCGGACUCAAACAGGAAACACCACUACAGUCAACAUCAUCAUCAGUACUGUGGAUUACUUACUUCGUCUGCAGGAGUCUAUAAGUGAUUUCUACUGGUACUACUCUGGGAAGGAGGUCAUGGAUGAAACUGGCCAGCGGAACUUCUCCAAGGCACUGGCUGUAGCCAAGCAGAUAUUCAACUCUCUCACAGAGUAUAUCCAGGGACCCUGUAUUGGGAAUCAGCAGAGCUUGGCACACAGCAGGCUAUGGGAUGCAGUGGUGGGAUUUCUACAUGUUUUUGCCAAUAUGCAGAUGAAGCUUUCACAGGACUCCAGUCAGAUUGAGCUCCUGAAGGAGCUGAUGGACCUGCAGCAAGACAUGAUUGUGAUGAUGCUGUCCUUGCUGGAGGGGAAUGUGGUGAAUGGAACAAUUGGCAAGCAAAUGGUGGACACUCUGGUGGAGUCAUCCAGCAAUGUGGAGAUGAUCCUCAAGUUCGUCGACAUGUUCCUCAAACUGAAGGACCUGACCACCUCAGACAACUUCAAGGAGUAUGACCCCGACAGCAAGGGGGUCAUCUCCAAGAAGGAUUUCCAAAAGUCUAUGGAGAACCAGAAGGAGUACACUCAAUCUGAGAUCGAGUUCCUGCUUUCCUGUGCGGAGGCUGACGAAAACGACAUGUUCAACUACAAAGAGUUUGUGAAGUGCUUCCAUGAGCCCGCCAAGGAUAUCGGCUUCAAUGUGGCUGUGCUGCUCACGAACCUAUCAGAGCAUAUGCCCCACGACUCAAGGCUGUGCACCUUCCUGGACCUGGCUGAGAGCCUGCUCACCUACUUCCAGCCCUACCUGGGCCGCAUUGAGAUCAUGGGUGGCGCCAAGCGGAUCGAGAGGGUCUACUUUGAGAUCACCGAGUCUAGUAGGGCCCAGUGGGAGAAGCCCCAGGUCAAGGAGUCCAAGCGACAGUUCAUCUUUGAUGUGGUCAACGAGGGCGGCGAGAGCGAAAAGAUGGAGCUUUUUGUCAACUUCUGCGAGGAUACCAUCUUUGAGAUGCAGCUGGCUUCCCAGAUCUCUGACCCCAACACAGUGGCGCGGCCAGAGGAGGACGAGGAGACGCACAACACCCUGGAGGAGCUGGCGGAAGAGGAGGAGAGGAGCACACUAGAGUCCUCCUCUGCCUUUACCAUCACCUGUUUCUCCAUGAAGAAGAGCCUGUUUAAUUUCCACCAACACCUGACACUCAGGAGUCUGUACAUGUGCUACAAGAUGUUCAAGAAGCUGAGCAUUUUGGAGAUGAUCAAGGGCUUCUUUUCCUUCUUCUGGGUGCUGUUCACCGGGUUUUUCCGAUGCAUAUACAACCUGGUCUUCAGCUUCUUUCACGUCCUCUGGUCCUCCAUGUUCGGAGGUGGUCUAGUAGAGGGGGCCAAGAACAUGAAGGUGACAGACAUCCUGGGCAACAUGCCUGACCCCUCUCAGUUUGGGAUCCAUGGCGACACACUUGACUCAGAGAAACUGGAAAUGAGUGAGUCCUCAGUGGUGGCAGACCUGGCGCAGCUGACUUCGGGGGACAAGGCAGAGGUGGAGCUGAUGUCUGAGCUGAUGACCCCCAUGCCCAAAAAGGAGGGGAAGCACGGGCUGGAGCCAGGGCUCGGGGAUGUCACCGAGGUCUUGGUAGGGGAGGCUCACCUCACCUCCAACACUAAUGGGGUUGUCAAGAAGAAAAAAAAACAGAAUGGUGGCACACCAGAGGAGGACCCCAGAGCAGAGCUUGAGAAGGCAGACACAGACAAUGGAGAGAAGAAGGACAAGGUCAAGGAGGAGGAGGAAGCUCCAGAGAAUGUAGCAGAGGAGGAGAGGAAGGCCCCAAAUGCCAAGCAUGGCAAAAAGAAGGAGGAGCCUCCAGCAUUCACGGCCACCUUCUUUGCAGGAGUUGAGGUCUACCAGACAAAGAUGCUGAACUGCCUGGCCCGAAACUUCUAUAAUCUGCGAUUCCUGGCCUUGUUCGUGGCUUUCGCCAUCAACUUUAUCCUGCUCUUCUACAAGGUGACUGGUGAUGACUUAGAGGAAGAGGAAGACUCUUGGGAUGGCGAUGAUGAGGAAGAAGAUGAGGGUGAAGAGUAUUUUGUAUUGCAGGAAAACACAGGCUAUAUGGUGCCCACUCUGCGCCUCCUGGCCAUUCUGCACACGCUCAUCUCCUUCCUAUGCGUGGUGGGAUAUUACUGCCUAAAGGUACCUCUAGUGGUGUUUAAGCGUGAGAAGGAGAUUGGCCGGAAGCUAGAGUUUGAUGGCCUUUAUAUCACAGAGCAGCCUUCUGAUGAUGAUAUUAAAGGACAGUGGGAUAGGCUGGUCGUCAACACCCCGUCCUUCCCCAAUAACUACUGGGAUAAAUUUGUGAAGCGCAAGGUCAUUAAUAAGUAUGGGGAUCUGUAUGGAGCUGAGCGCAUAGCAGAACUGCUGGGUCUGGAUCCCAAUGCUCUGGACUUCAACCCCACAGAGGAGAUGGUGGUGAGGGAAGCCUCUCUGGUAUCCUGGCUGAGCUCUAUUGACACCAAAUACCUGAUCUGGAAAAUGGGUGUGGUGUUAACUGACAAUUCCUUCCUGUACCUGAUCUGGUACACCACUAUGUCCAUCCUGGGACACUACAACAACUUCUUCUUUGCUGCCCACUUGCUUGACAUCGCCAUGGGUUUUAAGACCCUCAGGACCAUUCUGUCCUCCGUCACCCACAAUGGCAAACAGCUGGUGCUGACCGUGGGGCUGCUGGCUGUGGUUGUGUAUCUCUACACUGUGUUGGCCUUCAACUUCUUCCGCAAGUUUUACAACAAGAGUGAGGAUGAGGAUGAGCCAGACAUGAAAUGCAAUGACAUGAUGACUUGCUACCUCUUCCAUAUGUACGUGGGCGUGCGAGCCGGGGGAGGCAUUGGUGACGAGAUUGAGGACCCAGCAGGGGACCCUUAUGAGCUGUACCGCAUCCUCUUUGAUAUUACCUUCUUCUUCUAG